CUCGGAAUAAAACCUCAACUAAGAUAGAGCCCUCCAUCCUCUCAGCUCUAAGCUAUAUUUUACCGUAACAAUCAUUGCGGUAAAUUACGACAGCUCAUGUGCAAACUAGUAUCGUCCAAAUAAGCUACCUAAAGCUCAGCUAAGAUGUGGCUAAUAAACACCCGGACUCAUCAGCUAGAGUUCGUCAAUGAGCCAGAAGAAUACACAUAUGCAAUACUGUCACACGUCUGGGAGGAUGAGGAGGUAUCUUUCCAAGAUUUUCAAACUCCCGGGAAGGCAAACAAGAAGAAAGGCUUGGAUAAGAUAAUACGCACAUGUCAACUUGCUGCUAGUCGCGACUUGCGAUAUGCUUGGGUUGAUACCUGCUGCAUCGACAAGUCUAGCAGUGCCGACUUGUCAGAAGCAAUCAACUCCAUGUUUAAAUUGUAUAUGAAUUCCGCUGUUUGCUUCGUGUUCCUCUCUGACCUCCCAUCCGAGUCUUCAUUUGAGGAUCACUUCCUACGUUGCAAAUGGUUAACUCGGGGCUGGACACUUCAAGAGAUAGUUGCCCCUAGAGCCGCGGAAUUUUACGAUGCCAAGUGGGAAUUCAGGGGUCGUAAACCUGAAUUAAACACCUUCCUCGCUAGCGUUACCAAAAUCGACUAUGCGGUCUUGUGUGAUAGUCAAGCCAUGUUUGAAGUUCCCGUGGCAAGACGCAUGUCCUGGGCAUCAAUGAGGGAGACAACUAGGGUUGAAGAUAAGGCUUAUUGCCUGCUGGGAAUAUUUGGCGUUAGCAUGCCAAUGUUAUAUGGUGAAGGUCCUAAGGCUUUCAUGCGACUACAGGAGGAGAUCGCAAAAGAGAGCAGCGACUUGUCCUUAUUUGCGUGGACAGCCCUACCGCCGAGUUUAAUCCCGGAAGGACUGAUUCAGCAGAGCUACCGAGGGAUCUUUGCCAGGUCUCCUAAGGAAUUUGCUCACGCUCACCACUUAAAGCCAUGGGUCAAAGAUGCUAUCAUUGACACAGAGCUUGCUAUAACGAAUAGGGGUCUUCGGAUCGAGACUGCCCUCAUUAGUGUUCCUGGUACCACCGAUGAUCUCGUCUUGAACUUGGGCGUUUCUGAAAGGGAUGACUGGCCUACAAAUAGAGCUGAUGGAUGGGUAGGCGUGUAUCUAGCCAAGACUGCCAAUGGCUAUGUCCGCUCAAAGCCGCAUUCUCUCUUCAGAGCGGAACCUCAAAUGAGACGGUAUCGCGGUGAUUCUCUCGUCUACAUCCGCAAAGACCUUCGCACUUCCGAGUCAGAAAGGGUCGAAAAUCGAUUUCGAGGAGCCAUCUGCGCCAACUUUUCAAAGGCUCCUUGUAAGAUUCUCGGGGCUGUUCCUCAACAACUCUGGGACAAUAACAGGAAUCUCUUUCUCAGUCAAGGGCAAGGAAUAAAUGCGUAUAUCUUGCUACGAUAUGGUGAAGCGGAGAAUUAUGGUUGGAGUACCCAGUUCAUUGUUGCGUUCUCUACGAUGGACGAGCCCCUGUGUUAUAUAAUUUCUGACCAACACCCACUCUUCAAGCGAGUACACCGGUUUAUGGAUACGACGAGAGAAAUAAGCUACUACGUCUCCGCGGACUAUCUCAGAAUGCAAUUUCUAUCUGGGAGGGUGUCAGGCCAUUCCUCGCCCGCUUUUUGUAGUAUCAGACGACCACAGUCGAAUUCAGUAAUCAACUUCCAAGCUGAAAUAAAACCACACAUUUUCCAAAAUCAGGCAUGUUUCAGCUUAGAGCUAAUCUUAGAGCAGGCCAUUCUUGAUAGUCCCGUUAAUACACGAGGUAUUAGCAGUAUGAAUCUGUGUUAGAGAUCGUUCGGGAUGUAUUACUAACUGUCAGGCUUUAUCACUGACGGGCGUCAUACAUGGAAUAAAAGUCAGAGUAGAUGGAAUUGAACUAUUAGCCUCUGCCUCCUAUCCUCUUACGAGGGUGCAGCGCGCCUCUUAUAUACCCAGUCUUAGUAGAUCUACCCCUGAAUCUACCCCUGAAUCUACACCUGAAAGUACAAAUAUCUAAUAUAU